UCCAGCGUCUCCAUUUCCAGUGACACGCAGAGCUGGUGAGUUUUAUCUCUCCUCUCUGUGGCUAAGCGAAACAAAGCAUCUCUACCAGGAAUGGAAAUGCUGAAAGUCAACCCACUGUUGCUGGCAUCCGAAUGUGUUCAAAGUUACCGCACCGCAUCUCUGCUGAGUCUUUGCAGAGGCUUCGUUACAGGUGGGUAAUUACAGGUUAUAGAGUGGUCUCAGAAAAAAAACUCACUAUAAUAAUUUUACAGGGAACAGGUGUAAUUUUGGAAAGAGAAAGCAAAUAGAAAAUACCACUGUUUUAUUAAAUAUUCCAAACACCAUCCCAAAAUGUACACAACCUUCUAGUGUCAAUGGUAAUUGGGACGACAUCUUUCACAUGCUCUUUAGAGAAACGGUCCUUUCUUUCAGUUCAUUCACACUUGACGGGCCGCCCCGGUGUUGGUUCUGUCUGUGCCUUUGCCAUGCGAGAAGGACCCAGUGACCCAUCGUCAUGAGGCAGCGUGUGACUCUCUCACAACCGUGUCCCUGGCCUGUCAUGGUUCACCUUAUUCACACGCCGUCCUGAUCAGCACGCCCCACCGCACACUCUCAUUGACAGGAGCUGAGGGGACUGAGACAGAGAGAGGGAGAAAGAGAGAGAGAGAGAGUGAGAGGAAAAAGAGACCGAAUGACAGGUGGAUGGGCUGAUUGACGGAAAAGCAGAACAGGGAGAAGGAUAGACAAAGACAAAAACUGAGAAAGAUAGAUGGUGUGUGUCGUCAUCCCUGAAAUUCUGUUUUCUAAAUAGUAUUAAAACAACAGAUUCAUAUCUGGCCUCGGACAUGUUCACAGGUCUCCUGCCAUCACCAGGACAUCUAUUAGAUGACAUGCCGAUGACAAGAAUCAUAAUACUGCAUGUAGCUGACAUUGUAUUAAGGGUAUUUGUUGACUCCUUAAUACCUGGCAGCGUACACGGGACCGUUGAUGUUGAGAUAUGUGUGUUCCCGAAGCAGAUGGUCUGGUUUUUAGCACUGCUUGCUCUACCAGGAGGUCCAGAUCAGAAUUCUUACCAGCCGGGAGGAAAGAACUCGAUGUCCUUCUGCCUUGACGAAGCACACCGCCAUCCAAGCCACCACAAGGAGUCACUCAAGCUUAAGGAGGCAGAAAAGCAACACUCGACAAUUCUAGUCAGCCUGACCAAGACACCACAUUUACCCCCUGACAGAAGACAGGGUGUCCCAGUCCGCAGGGAUAUCUGACUUCUGACAGCUUUAAAGGGAUGGACCUGUAGAAUCAGGACCUGAAAUAGAGACAGACGGACCGGAAAUACAUUUUUCAUCAGUGACAGUGGAUGUGCUACCUCCCGGCCCGACCACGUCAGCCCUCCGUCAGGAGCAGCCCAUGGAUCUGCGUACCCAGCGGCUGGUACGUCCCGGGCCAGAUUCCGCGCUGCUGCCCCGCAACCCGCUCUUCCUGGGGGCCUUCUCGGCUCAGCAGUGCGCCCCGUACUCCCAGCAGCACCUGCCGGCCGACAUCCAGUACCAGUAUGACAUGGAGCGGAUUCGGCGGGAGAAAGAACAGGAGAAGAGGCAGGAGCUGCAGCAGCUGAUGCACAAGGAUAAGAGCGAGCAGAGUGCCGUGGCCAGUCCCCUGGUGAAACAGAAACUCAGGAGCCAAAUCCUGAAAAGGAAGGAGCAAGCUGCCCUGGAGAGAUCGGCGCCCAUCCUCCCCCACGACACGCCCCGGGGUUACAGGGAACUGGUCCCAGAUCCUGACAUGGGCCUGAAGCCUCACAUAGUGACCUCUGACCUACAUUGUCCACCGUGUGAACAAGAAAAGGACCGUAGCCUCAGAAGAACAGCCUCUGAGCCAAUUCUAAAGGUGAGGAAUAAGCUGAAGAAGCACCUCAACUGCCGGCAGAACCCUCUCCAGCGCAAGACCAGCGCACCCCCCACCGUCAAGCACAGGCCGCCGGACACUUUGGACUCCUCCCCCAGCAGCAGUAGCACCCCCGUGUCCGGCUGCAGCUCGCCCAACGACAGCCUCCUCUCAGACAGCCCUCUCGGCACCGGACUAGCCCACGAGGUGAGACCUGCCGCGCCCCUCCCUCCUCCCUGUGGGAAUGCUGCUGAAGUGUUCCACCAGGCUGGUGUAGCUUUACCGACACCGAUGUGGCACGUCGCCUUAUACUAUGGCAAUAAAACUCAGAUGGCGAAGUUUGAUACACCUUCGCGGUCGCUGGCCCACUUCACCGUGCCGUGCUCCACUGGCCGGCCCACCAUCAGCGCCGGGCUACCCAACCAGGGUGACGCGGAGCCGGGAAGCCACCAGAGGGUAGCCAGGGUCAUGCCUCAGGUCUACCUUCCCAUGGAGACCCGCAGCCCGGGGCACCAGCGCCUCCAGCCUCUGAUCAUUCUGGAACCGUCAGGGCUACUGCAUACACAGCUGGUGUCCGUGCGAGGCCUGAGCCCAGGCCCCAUCCAGUACCCCUCCUCUAGGCUGGAAGGGCUGGGCCCCCUGGGUCCCCACAGGCCUCUGGUUCGUGCCCGCUCCGAGCCGCCCCUGCCUUCUCAACACCACCAGCACCAACUGCUGCAGCAGUACCAAAACGCCCUGCUGCUGGAGAGACUCAAGCAGAACACACUCCUGGGCAAGCUCAUGUCCAAGUCAGACGAGAAGCCGGUUCACACACAGACCUCGUCGGUGGACAUGGCGUCAGUGGAGAGCGGGUUGGGGGAGGGAGACGGCUACUGCAGGAGAAAGCCGAGUGGGGUCAGCAGCGCUGAGUCCCUCUGGGAGACUGAGUCCACGUCCUCACCAGAAAGCCAAGCGGAACACGCCAGGAAAUACACACCUCCCAUGAAUCAGCCCCACUGUUGGGAUAAACCCAGGCACAUCCAGGUCCUCUCGGAGAGACGCAGACAGGCCCCCCACCUGGACUCCCUGGGCGUGCCCGUGGUCCUGUUUCCGGCCCACCGACCCCUUGGCCGCGCCCAGUCGUCCCCCGCCGCCACCUCCCUCCCCCCUCACCCCCAACCCCCCGUGGACACCCCUGUGUCUCAGGCCGGCCCGGGGCUGGAGUCCCCCGCCAGGCUGCGCUUCACCACAGGCCUGGUGUAUGACUCUCAGAUGCUGAAACACCAGUGCACCUGUGGUGACAACAGUCGACACGCCGAGCAUGCUGGGAGAAUCCAAAGCAUCUGGUCUAGACUGCAGGAGAGAGGCCUCCGGAAUCAGUGUGAAUGUAUCCGUAGCAGGAAGGCUUCUCUGGAGGAGCUUCAGUCGGUUCACUCUGAGAAUCAUGUCCUGCUCUACGGCACCAACCCAUUGAACCGUUUCAAACUGGACCACCGUAAGCUGGCUGGAAUCCUAUCUCAAACGGUGUUUUUUAGGCUACCAUGUGGUGGACUUGGGGUGGACGAUGAUACGGUCUGGAAUGAGACACACACCUCUACAGCGUCUCGACUGGCAGCAGGAAGCGUGACAGAGCUGGCAUUGAAGGUGGCACAGGGCGAGCUGAAGAAUGGCUUUGCAGUGGUGAGGCCCCCUGGACACCAUGCUGCACACAAUAACCCCUCGGGUUUCUGUUUCUUCAACUCUGUUGCCAUCGCAGCCAAGCAGCUCCAGCGCAAACUCUGCAUCAGCAAGAUCCUGAUUGUGGACUGGGAUGUUCACCAUGGCGACGGUACCCAGUCUGUGUUCUACCACGACCCCAGCGUGCUGUACAUCUCCCUGCAUCGCUAUGACAACGGCAACUUCUUCCCUGGUAGCGGAGACCCAUCUGAGGUGGGAGAAGCGGCAGGAGAGGGCUUCAACGUAAACGUGGCAUGGACCGGUGGCCUGGACCCCCCCAUGGGCGACGUGGAAUAUCUGGCGGCAUUCAGGACUGUGGUCAUGCCGAUUGCCCAAGAGUUCUCCCCUGACGUGGUUCUGGUCUCAUCUGGUUUCGAUGCCGUCGAGGGACAUUCUGCGCCGCUGGGAGGCUACAAAGUGUCGGCCAAGUGUUUUGGCUUUCUGACACGCCAGCUGAUGGGACUGGCAGGAGGGCGGGUAGUCAUGGCGCUGGAGGGGGGUCAUGACCUCACGGCCAUCUGUGAUGCCUCGGAGGCCUGUGUUAGUGCUCUGCUAGGCACUCAGGUGGAGCCCCUGUCACAGUCGGUCCUGGAGGGGAGACCCUGUCUCAAUGCUGUCCUCUCCCUGAAGAAAGUCAUCCAGGUCCAGGGUGAGUACUGGAGGUCCUUGAGAACGGUGGCCCACAGGGUGGACCAGUCUUACAUGCAGGCCCAAGGACCCAGUCUGAGGAGAGACUCGGAUGACCACCAGGACACUGUCUCUGCCCUGGCCUCCCUCUCCAUGGUCAGCCUCACUACCAACAGGGCACACCCAGAUGAACCUAUGGAGGGGGACAGUGACUCCAUGUAGCCAACACCACUUUCUUUCAAGCCCAUCACACACACACACACACACAGAAACACACACAAAAUCACCCACUCUGCCCUGCUUCACUUGACCAGAAUCCACUGUCUCAGUUGACACUGUGAGGAAUACGUCCUGACCACUAUAGUCCAACCGACUAGUUUACAGCUCACACACUCCUACACCUCAUCAGAACACAGUACUGCUGGCCUUACUAUGACCACUUGUCUGCCUCGACCGCAACUCGACCGCACACCGAAGACAUCCCCUUAACGGGGUACAGGAGGACCAAGAGAGAGGAGAACGGCCAUGCCCUCCCUGGGGAGGACUCGGAAUGAGGAGGACCAGACAAAAGCGGAACCUCUAAAGGGUGAUCGCUCUUCUGUCACUCCGGACCAUGCUCCAACAGCGCCAGGGAGGAUAUGACUUGACUCGUAGCACAAAGUGCCGUGACAGAGGGCAGCCACAGGGGCGGCUGUGAACACAGUCUCUCUGGAGAAGAGGACCAGCUUUUUUUCAUUCCCAGGUUACCAUGGUGCUCAUACAGGAAGCAGUACCUUCUUCCCACAGGUUCCAGUGAAGUACAACAGACCUGGCACCAUCACCAGGAGAACCCUGAAGUACAAAUAAUGAAGUCAUUUGUAUUCAUGCGAUGCAAACAAAAUGAAGAAAAAGAGAGGAGACAGAGAAGUGAUGUUUUUUUGCACUGUGCAUUUUGUAAUGUGAACCAAGGAACAAAAUGGGAAUAGACCAUGUACAAGCUGUCCUGGGACUGACGAUAAAACGUGUAGAUAAAUGAUCCUACUCUUGUUUUUAAGCUGAUUGAAAGGUUGUUCGAUUUAUUGAAUAUUGUCUUUUAAACUUCAGUACAUAAUGGUAAUCAUUUUGUAAGCAGUAACUAGCGAAGAGCUGAAGACUUACUAUUCAUAGGUUUUACUUUUUUUUCCUUCUCGACAGAAAAAACAUUUUCACUUUGUUAGCGCUUCCUCUCAGACAGCACUUACAUAGAAUAUGAAAAGGUAUUAUUUAUAUUGGUUGAUGGCAUCUGUUCAUCGUUUUGGUGAAAGAACAAAUUGCUCUAUAAUGACAUCGUAUGAUCGUGGCUGGGAUUCAUUUAAACCUGAUAUAGCAUUGUUGAUGCAGUCUUUACUUGUAAUAUUUUUCCAGUGUGAACACACUUCAACAGUGGAAGCCUGUGAGGGGAGAACGUUUGUAGGGUUUUUUUUAAGCCGUACUCAACACAAGCAUGAGUUCAUUUGACUUUUUGAAAAAUAUUUAAAAUAAAGAGGUACUGCGUGAAUAAUGCAAGGCUGCUUGGGCUGAAUUGAGCCUUAGGACAGAGUCACCGACAGAGCUCUGUCAGAAAACCACUUGAAACAGAUCAGACAUAUUGCAUGAAGAUGUCCUUCUCUAUGCUGAAUUUACCAAAACAUCACAAACGUUAAUGCCUGUGUGCUGUAAAUCACAGGUCAAAUAUAGCCAAUGUGCUUGGGUUCAAGGCAGAUUAUUAAAACCUCAGUUCAGUUACAUUACAUCAGGGACUCAGUUCCAUCCUGCUGCCAUUGCAGUGCUUACGCAGAUGCUAUUUUCUUUCCAGUGGUCAAGCUCACAGGCUGGGCUUGGUUACAGUAUAGAAGUCGACCACUGCUAUCAGUAUAGCCCCUCUAUCCACAGGUAUGCUUUUAUUUAGUAAAAUAAGAAGUGUGAUUGAACAGGAUAAAUAUUGUUAGUAAAGAGCACUGAUUGAUUGUUGUCAUGAAUCCCAGCUUAGGUCUUCACGUACGCGUGGCAAUUGAAAGUAUAUGUUUGUUGACGACAUUGGACUCAAAUGAAAUGGAAAUGCACUUACAAUUUAUUCGGUUUUGGGAGUUUAAGUUCAAUUUAAAUUAGAUUUUUUUUUACAUGUUAGAAGUGCCUUUCUUUUGUGAUUUGAUUGACAUGCGUUGAUUUGUAUUUUGUGUAUUUGAUAUUUCUUGACACUUUAUUCCAAUGUGCUAUAUCUAUGUUUACUCAGUUUCUUGAUUGACAAUAUUCAUUCUGUGCUCACAUACUUCUUAUUCUGUGAAGGAAAAUGUUUGAGAGACCAUCCGGAUAGUAGUAUUAGAUUCUCGUACAGUUUCCAGGACUAGUCAGUGAAUUUGACCAUUGUAUAAAACAACUACUGUGUAAAUACUUCCAUGGGGGGUUUGAAUGAAUUGAGCCCUUAGAAAUAUACAAAAACAAGUGAACUAUAAUUUGUUCACACUUGAAUUUACAACUCCCUACCAAAAUUCAUACAUUUUGGGACCAAGCUGGAGUUACUACAUGACAGUUGAAGCUAUAGCCGUUUGAGUUAUUUUGCUCAGCUAGACAGCUAUCUAUAUAAAAACACAGGUUGAGAGAAACCAAAGCUUAAACGCCUUAUGGAAACAAUAUGCCGUGUCAUAUAGUCUCUGAAAAGAACUUCAAUGGUUCUUCUGAAUUCCCGAUUGUAUUUUUAUACUAACAGAGGUUGUGAUAUCGCCAAAGAAGGAUUAAUAAAACUGCUAACCUUUGUUGCUAGCACCUUCCAUUAAAUCAUUUAAAAUUGUUGUCCUUUUAGAUGCCUUUGCAGUGCCUUGCGUAUGUGUUGUGUCUUAGGAAAAUCGGACCAGGGCUACAAAUUAAAUUGUACUAUCGCAUUGUAAGGCUCCAGUUCUUCAUAGUAUUGUAUAAUACACAUUAUAGAACCAAGAAUGUACAUGAGAAAAUCUUGCCAAAUCUGUAUUGUGUUUGACAUUGGCAAGGUGAAAAGGAUAUUGUGGACGCUCAAACCAUGAAUUUGACGGUAAUUAUGUAGAAGAAAAUAGGAGCCAUGAAGGCAGUUAUUAUUCUUUCAGAAGAGUUCUUUGUUAUAUUUUCAUUCUGGACAUUUUACUGAAGUACAUGUAAAGAAAAUAUUUUUUAUGUCGAUAAGCUUUUCUUGGUCUUAUUAUGAUGAUUUACUCUAUUUAGUAAUUGGUUACUGAUGUUGUAUAUUGCUAUUGAGACCAAAAUAUAGACACCCUCCUAUGUGCCUUUAAUUAUACUGACAGCCUUUCUGAAAGGUAGCUUUAUUGAACUGGAUAUUAAUUCUUGAGUAGAGAUUAGGAUUGGUUUUCUUCUCACUUUGUCUUUACUGGUUUCUUUUUUGUACCUGUACAGUGAAAAAUAACAUUGUACUUUUAGUUUUCCUUAAUGAAAGGGAAAUAAAGUUUUUACUUCAUAUA